AUGGAUCGUUUGCGUCCUCGCAACAGAUCAGUUUUUACCGGAUUCACCAAUUCCGAGAUUGAGAAAAUGGAGAAGGUGCUAAGGGAAACGAAAGGACAAUCAUUGACUCAGGAUUUUUACCAAAAAUUGACUAAAAGUUUCAAUUAUUCUUCUGGUCGUGCUGGGAAACCUCUUGUCAAAUGGACCGAGAUAGAGAGUUGGUUUCAGACUAGGCUCCAGGAAUUGCCACAAGUACCUGAAAAUGAAUUGAUCUCUCCUCAAGGACUUCAAUGUAAAGAAGGAAAAAUUGUCCGAGACACAUCGGAGUUGGAAUUUGAAGCUAGGUCUUCAAAAGACGAGGCAUGGUAUGAUGUUGAGGCGUUUCUUGCUCACAGAUUUCUUAGCACGGGGGAGGCUGAAGUCAAAGUCAGAUUUGUUGGAUUUGGAGCUGAGGAAGAUGAGUGGGUCAACCUAAAAAGUUCUGUCCGAGAACGUUCAGUUCCGUUUGAAAAUUCAGAGUGUUCCGGCCUGAAAACUGGAGACCCUGUCCUAUGCUUCCAGGAGAGGAGAGAUCAAGCAAUCUACUAUGACGCUCACAUUUUAGAGAUCCAAAGGAGAAUGCAUGAUAUCCGAGGUUGCAGGUGUCAUAUCUUAAUUCGGUAUGAUCACGACAGCACUGAGGAAAGAGUUCGUUUGAGAAGACUUUGCCAUAGACCAAGAUCUUAG